GCUUGCAGUUCUAUCAAUGUUAGAUUCUGCUAUCCUUCCUUGUCAAAUAUUCGAGGAAGCAUGGAAUAAUAGCAAGAAGAUUAAAAGCGCUAGUUCUAAAGACUCAAAUGAGAUUGAUGAUUUAUCUCGAAAUCACGUUUUACGAUUACCCGGUUUUUUAGUAGCAGAGGGCGACGAAUGGGAUUCUUUUCGUCUUGUUGAAGCAACAUCUCAACUCGUAUCACUCUCCUUGAUUAUACAGCAUAAUGCAGAUGGUUUAGUGGGAUUAUCUAUGCACCCACUAGCACACGCUUGGGCCAAAGACCGACAAGACCCGAAACAGCAAGGUGUAGCUUGGGUAGCUGCUGGGUGUAUUCUCACACUUUCUCGGCAGAACUCUACAAUGUGGCAGACUCAAGAGAGACAGCUUUUACCUCAUAUACAAUCCUAUCUGGAUAUCAAGAUUGGAAGAGUGUUCUCGUUUGGAGAUGAAUCUAGUGUUGUCCCAAUUCUUCUCCAAUGUGGCUGGAUAUUGUCAAAUAUGCGACAGGACACAAGGCUUAAACAUCUUCUGAAAGAUAUAUUUAUUGGAAUUAGCAAGAACCCUAAAGAACCAUCGAAAGAGUCUCUCCCAUUAUAUGAUCUCCGGGCAAAGAGCUUGUUAAAUACAGGAAAGAAUAAGAAAGCGGUAACGUUGCUCGAACAAGUAGUCAAGAUUCGACAGACUACACUGGCCGAAGAUCACCCAGAUCGACUCGCAUCACAACACGUACUCGCAAGUGCGUAUCGAGCAAAUGGACAGAUCAAGGAGGCAUUUGCACUACUCGAACAAGUGAUCAAGAUUCGAGAGACUAUACAGGCCGAAGAUCACCCAAAUCGACUCGCAUCACAACACGCACUCGCAAUUGCGUAUCAAGCAAAUGGACAGAUCAAGGAGGCAUUUGCACUACUCGAGCAAGUGGUCAAGAUUCGAGAGAAUAUACAGGCCGAAGAUCACCCAGAUCGACUCGCAUCACAACACGUACUCGCAAGUGCAUAUCAAGCAAAUGGACAGAUCAAGGAGGCAGUUGCACUACUCGAACAAGUGAUCAAGAUCGAAGAGACUACACUAACCGAAGAUCACCCAGAUCGACUCGCAUCACAACACGUACUCGCAAGUGCGUAUCGAGCAAAUGGACAGAUCAAGGAGGCAGUUGCACUACUCGAGCAAGUGGUCAAGAUCGAAGAGACUACACUGGCCGAAGAUCACCCAAAUCGACUCGCAUCACAACACGAACUCGCAGGUGCGUAUCAAGCAGAUGGACAGGUCAAUGAGGCUAUCGUGCUGUUUAAGCAAGUGGUUAGGAUAAAAAGAGUCAAGUUUCAGAUGGAGCAUCCUAGCCGUAUAGUAUCAGAGAAGUGACUUUCCUACCUUUUAAAACAAACUUGAUCCCAAAACCAUCGUUAUAAAUAUGAUUGCUUGCAAAUCAGCUUUCUCUUCAUGUACAAUUAGGGUAGAAGUCAAUAUAGGAGAUAACUAGGAUAGA